CCAGUGGUCCCCCCCGCGCCGACCAGACCACUGGACCGACCACACUGCACUACACUGCUUUCUUUCCCCCACUUUCAUCUUCCGUUUUGUCUUUUUAUUUCGUUUUAAGGGGGAUUGCAUUUAUUUUGUUGACUUGUUUAGAGGUUACAGCUCCUUUUACCUCCUCAAGGUUCUGAGUGGAGGGUGUCUGUCUCUACAGGUUCUGAGUGUGUGGGUUCCACCAGCUGAUCGGUCACCAUGAGGAUCAAGGCUGCCCUGCCCAGAUAUGAGCUGUACUUCUAUAACACAGUGGUCUAUCUGGGCUUGUUGUGGGCUGCCAGCUGGAUCUUUGAUGUGUCCAGCUCAAAUGCAAACAGAAAGACGUUCAAGUCCAGCGUGACCCCAGGAUGGUACUACUUCGGGAGGAGGAUGGAUACGGCUGACUUUGAGUGGGUGAUGUGGUUUUCUACGUUCCGGGACCACAUCCUCUUCGCCCUGUCUGGUCAUGUGAUCUUCGCUAAGAUCUGCUCCAUGCUGGCUCCACAGCAUAGGUCCCUGAUGUACCUGUGUUAUGGUACCCUGGCGGUGCUGGUUACUAUGGGUUGGACCUACACCACUCUGAUCCUGUCCCACUGUGUACUGCUCUACAGUAUCUCUCUGGUUAAACUGCGCUGGCUCUGCUUCCUAGCUGGACUCACCACCCUGUCCACAUUCAAGAUGGAACCAUUCAUAUCCUGGCAGGCUGGUUUUGUGACGGGGGAUUUUGAGCUCCGUUCCGUCCUGUUCUACGGCGGUUGUGGGUUCACCAUCAUGCGCUGUAUGAGUUUUGCUCUGGAGAACUGUGACAAGAAAGAAGGAAACUACAGCUUCCUGGAACUACUCAAGUACAACUUCUACCUACCCUUCUUCUACUUCGGACCCAUCAUGACCUUCGACAAGUUCUACGCUCAGGCCAACAAGGCUGACCUGACCCGUAAGGAGGGGGCGAUAUGGAACAUAACUCUGCAGGGACUUGUUCACCUGGGGGCUAUAUUAACAGUGGACAUCCUCUUCCACUUCCUGUACAUCCUGAGCAUCCCCACGGACAUGAAGCUGCUCAAACACAUGUCCAACUGGGCUGUAGUUGGUCUGGCCUACUGUAACCUGGUGUAUGACUGGGUGAAGACAGCAGUGAUGUUUGGGGUGAUCAACACUGUGUCUAGACUGGACCAUAUGGACCCUCCUCAACCUCCUAAAUGUAUCACCAUGCUCUAUGUCUUCUCUGAGACACACUUUGACCGAGGAAUAAAUGACUGGCUGUGCAAGUAUGUGUAUAAUUACCUGGGAGGGAAGCAUGACACUGUGUGGGAUGAGGCCAUUGCUACACUGUGUACUUUUGGCAUCACUGUCCUGUGGCUGGGACCCUCUCAGGUGGUGUUCAUCUGGGCCUUCUUCAACUGCUUCGGACUCAACUUCGAGCUCUGGACGGCCAAGUUCGUCUGCAUGGAACCCUUUGCUUCUCUAGAGACGGCAAUGUCUCCUGCCAUGUCUCGUAGGAUCAGAGCUGUGUUCAACACCUUUAACUUCUGGACCAUCGUCCUCUACAACGUCAUCGCUCUCAACAGCCUGGAGUUCACUAAGCUGGUCGCCAAGAGACUGCUGCUCAAAGGCUUCCCCAUCACCACCAUCACUGUCUUCAUAGUGACCUAUUGUCUGGUCCAGCUCAUCAAGGAGAGAGAGAGAAGACAGGCUCUGAUCGAUGACCCCGACCCCAUCCCUCCCCCCGCCCCCGUCCCUCCCCCCGCCCCCGUCCCCGCCCCCGUCCCUCCCCCCGCCCCCACAACAGUCACGUCCACAGCCCCCAUUCAACCUGUGGUGGACCCCAGCAAGGAGAAAGCAGAGUAGUGAUUGGAGGGUGGCAGUGUCUGUCAAAGUCCCAAAUGUCUUUAUGAGUCAUGGUUUCCUCUGUCAUCAUGGAGAUGACGAGGCUACAGUUAAUCGACAAGGUAUAUUUAGAAGUUCUUCAUAGCAAUAAAAUCUAUUGAGCAGCAAUAUCUAUCUACUGUAAUAUCUACCAAGAGUAAUAUCUAAGAUUUCUACUCAGCCUAAAACACCCUGAGAGUGCUGUAGUCAAUAUAGAUUUUCUACAAUGUUUUAAACAGAAGUUGUGUUUCACUGCUAAUCAUGUAAAACUGCCUUUAUUGUAAUUAAAUCCUCUAAGUGGUGCUCAAAGAUGGGGUUUUAACUAAGAUCCACUCUGGUUUUAACUAAGAUUCACACCUCUGGUUUUAACUAAGAUUCACACUUCUGGUUUUAACUAAGAUACACACCUCUGGUUUUAACUAAGAUCCCCACCUCUGGUUUUAACUAAGAUCCUCACCUCUGGUUUUAACCAAGAUACACACCUCUGGUUUUAACUAAGAUACACACCUCUGGUUUUAACUAAGAUACACACCUCUGGUUUUAACUAAGAUCCACACCUCUGGUUUUCACUAAGAUACACACCUCUGGUUUUAACUAAGAUACACACCUCUGGUUUUAACUAAGAUACACACCUCUGGUUUUAACCAAGAUACACACCUCUGGUUUUAACCAAGAUACACACCUCUGGUUUUAACUAAGAUCCUCACCUCUGGUUUUAACCAAGAUACACACCUCUGGUUUUAACUAAGAUACUCACCUCUGGUUUUAACUAAGAUCCUCACCUCUGGUUUUAACUAAGAUCCACACCUCUGGUUUUAACUAAGAUCCUCACCUCUGGUUUUAACUAAGAUCCACACCUCUGGUUUUAACUAAGAUCCUCGCCUCUGGUUUUAACUAAGAUACAGAGAGACGUGGUUUUAACAGAGGAUUUAAUAGAAAGGGCUUAAACUCUGUGGAGUUUAGACACUCCUUUCCUG